GAUUGUGCUUGAUGUCAGUUCGAUCGAUUGGCUCUUGUAAUUUUCGCAAAUAUCUUGUGAUUGUGGUCGAUAUUCCUGCACAGAAAGAUCUUUUUCUGGUCAACUGAUACGACAGUAUUCAAAUGGAGUCAGGUGACCAUAUAAAAAGAGAGGAUAUGGACUCAGAUGAAAUGGAGUCAGAUUGGUUUGGAUAUGCUUGUGAAUCUGGAGAGAUUUUGUUUUAUUACAACAUUAAGACUGGAGAACACAGAUAGAACAGAAAUUUUACUCACUGUGAGAACACCAUCCUUAGAGUACAGACCAGUGAUGUACCAGAUGUACCAAAUGAACUGUGCAGUGUGGCUACACAGACUGAAGACUACGGAUGUGUCAAUCAAUGUACCUCAAUGUAUGUGGACAAUGAACGACAAAUGGAAAAUAGAGAUAGCGAAAGCAACGAAAUAAAAGAAGAAGUAAAUGAUGAUGAUACUAUUGAUGUCAAUGAGCAGAACACGUUCAAUAACACUGAUAUUAACGAGAACCUUGAUGAAGUUAGUGAAGACUAUGAGGUGGAUGAGUCAUUGGGCACCAUAGUUACCAAGAUAAAAGAAAGGAAGGAGCUCGUACCAAAUGUACAAGCUAAGCACAAAAGUAAUACCAAGACUUAUGCCUGUUCUUACUGCAGUAGAACAUCUAAGUGGAAAAGCGUACUUGAUACUCAUCUACGAACACAUACCGGUGAAAAGCCAUUUAAAUGUUCGUAUUGUGAUAAAGCAUUUAUUACGAAAGCGAAAUUGGAUAUCCAUGUACGAACACAUACCGGUGAAAAACCAUAUGAGUGUUUGUAUUGUGAUAGAGCAUUUGCACGAAAGAAUAUGAUUACCCAUCUACGAACACAUACCGGUGAAAAGCCAUAUGAGUGUGUGUAUUGUGAUAAAGCAUUUGCACUGAAAAAGAAUAUGAAUAGCCAUCUACGAACACAUACCGGUGAAAAGCCAUUUAACUGUUCGUAUUGUGAUAAAGCAUUUAUUACGAAAACGAAAUUGGAUAUCCAUGUACGAACACAUACCGGUGAAAAAUCAUUUGAACCAAAAUCCUUUUCACACUGCUUUUGUUUUUUAAUUAUGACUAUUGUUCCUGUAUUCUCUAAGGAAUCAAAAAUUUUGAUAUGAAAGAAUUUUAAAAACUAGAGUCGGGGGUAGCUACUUGUAAAGAACUGAAUGAAAACAGAUGUAUCCARUGCAUUACGAAAUUUAGUUUUAUUACGAUCUCUCGAAACAGGUUGUAGAAAGGUUGUAGAAAAUGUGUUUGGACUCCAGUAAAUUUCACCCGUGGGAAUCAGGAU